AUGGACCUGUGCCACCCAGACCCAGCGGAGCUGAGCAGUGGGGAGGCCGAGGAGCUGCAGCGGAUCAGAUGGCACCGGAAGCAGCUUCUGGAUGACAUCCAGAAGCUGAAGGAUGAGAUCGAAGAUGUGUUUGCCCAAAUCGACUGCUUCGAGAUAACAGAGGAGAGCCGGAUGGCCCAAAAGGAGAAGGAGCUCUGCAUCGGGCGCAAGAAGUUCAACAUGGACCCCGUGAAGGGUAUCCAGCACCUCACUGAGCACAAGCUGCUGACCUCCAGCGCCCAGGACAUCGCCCAGUUCCUGUACAAGGGCGAGGGUCUCAACAAGACGGCCAUCGGUACCUACCUGGGGGAGAGGGACCCCAUCAACCUGCAGGUCCUCCAGGCCUUUGUGGACUGCCACGAGUUUGCCAACCUCAACCUCGUCCAGGCCCUCAGGCAGUUCCUCUGGAGCUUCCGGCUGCCGGGCGAGGCCCAGAAGAUCGACCGGAUGAUGGAGACGUUCGCCACACGCUACUGCCUCUGCAACCCGGGCGUCUUCCAGUCCACAGACACCUGCUACGUCCUGUCCUUCUCCAUCAUCAUGCUCAACACCAGCCUGCACAACCCCAACGUCCGGGACAAGCCGCCCUUCGAGCGCUUCGUGUCCAUGAACCGCGGCAUCAACGGUGGCAGCGACCUGCCCGAGGACCAGCUGCGGAACCUCUUCGACAGCAUCAAGAGCGAGCCCUUCUCCAUCCCCGAGGACGACGGCAACGACCUCACCCACACCUUCUUCAACCCCGACCGCGAGGGCUGGCUGCUCAAGCUGGGAGGCCGCGUGAAGACGUGGAAGCGGCGCUGGUUCAUCCUGACGGACAGCUGCCUCUAUUACUUCGAGUUCACCACGGACAAGGAGCCUCGGGGAAUCAUCCCCCUUGAAAACCUGUCGGUGCAGAAGGUGGACGACCCCAAGAAGCCGUUCUGCCUGGAGCUCUGCAACCCCAGCUGCCGGGGCCAGAAGAUAAAAGCCUGCAAGACGGAUGGGGACGGCAAGGUGGUGGAGGGCAAGCACCAGUCUUACCGGAUCUCGGCCUCCAGCGCCGAGGAGCGGGACCAGUGGAUCGAGGCCAUACGGGCCAGCAUCACCCGUGUCCCCUUCUACGACCUGGUCUCUGCCCGGAAGAAGAAGAUUGCCAGCAAGAACUGA